AUGGCGACAUCAACCCGCAGGCCAGCAUAUGCCAGCUUUGUCGCUGCUGGAGUGGCAGCAACCGCCGAGCUGCUGGUGAUGCAGCCUUUGGAUGUCGUCAAGACGCGUAUGCACCUCCAGGGUGAUGGUAUCAAGACUGGGGACAACUUCCAGGGUACCUUGGCCGCCAUGCGAGGGAUUCAAAGAGCCGAGGGUUUGCCAGGCCUUUGGCGUGGCUUUGUCCCUGGACUUUGUGUGGUCAUCCCCCGCAGGGGCUUUAAAUUUGUCUUCUAUGACGCUUUCAUCUCCAUCCUUUGGAAGGGAGAGAAGCAGAAGGCUCCAUUUCAGCACAGCCUCGUGGCCGGCGGAUUGGCUGGAGCCUCUGAGGCUUGCAUAAUCACCCCUUUGGAGUGUCUCAAAAUUGGCAUGCAGAGUGAAAAGGCCGCUGGGUCUGCUGCGACGGGCAUGGCCACCUUCGCCAUGGCCAUGGUCAGAACUGGUGGUGUGGCAUCCUUGUAUGCCGGGUUGGGCGCCACAGUGGCCAAGCACACAGCGCACUCUUGCUUUUACUUUGCAGCCUUCCACGAGACAAAAAAGUUUGCCCCGAAGGGAAGCAGUCGAUUUCAGCAGAUUUGCUGGGAUUUGCUCUCUGGCUUCAUUGCAGGAUGUGCCGCAGCCACGGCCAACAAUCCCUUCGAUGUGGUCAAAACACGGCAGCAGGUGGUCGCAGCGAGUGCCUUGUCCAGCCAUGCUGCUGGUCAGGAAUUUGCAACAGGGCCAACUUCAAUUGGAGCCGUGGCUUUGGGGCUGAUUCGGCAAGAUGGGCUCUCUGGACUCUACAAGGGCUAUGUAGCGAAGGUAGCUCGCCUUGGACCCGGAUCAGCGCUCAUCUUCUGCGUUUACGAGCAGGUCAUGAGCCUUCUAAGUUGA